AUGGCAUCCAAGCCCAGCUCUGCCGCCUGCUCAACCCACUGUGUCAAUGGCAUCGUCUUCACAGAUAUACCUCACACGGCCGACGGCUGCAAGGUUUGCGGCGACGACGGCCUGGACGAUGUCGGCAGCGACGUUCUCGACCGACACGAAAUCAAAGUUGCCCUUCCAAGAAUCAGACUCGGGCACAGCCUCGAGCUGCUCGAUGUACUUGAACAUGUUGCCCAUGAGGUCGAGGCUGUUGGCGCCCUGGCCCGUGAUGCUGCUCGGCCGGUGGAUCACGACGGGCAGGCCCCAGGCGCGCGCGGCGUUUUCCAAAAGGACCUCGGACGCCCACUUGGCGGCCGCGUAGCCGCCGUUCAUCUCCCUGGGGUCCGUGGGCGGGGCCCAGGCCGCGACGCUGGCCUCGCCAAACUCCUCCAGGCCGGUCAGCUGCGUGAUGCUGGCGCUCGACACAAAGUGGAAGGGGAUGCGGCGCGGGGCGGCGAGGCGGGCCAGCUCCCGCGUGCUGCCGACGUUGGUGGCGCGCAGGGUGGCGUAGGUCUUGAGGAACGACACGUCGGCGCCGUUGUGGAUGACGACGUCGGCCUGGGCAAACAGCGACUCGGCGACGGCCUGGCCCAGGCCCAGGUGCGGGGCGUUGAGGUUGCCGGGGUGGAUGCUGACGCGCGGGUCCGAGAAGGGCGCCGCCGCCGAGUGGGGAGCGGCGGCGGCGGCGGCGGCGGCGGCGCCGCGCACCGCCAGGCAGUGGAUGCGCCUGACGCUGGGCUGGCGCAGCAGGAAGGCGAUGAGCUGCCGGCCCAGGAACCCCGUCGCGCCCGUCACCAGGACCACCCUGGGCGGCGCAGAGACUUGGUUCCCUGGCCCGCCGGGGAUGAUGUUUGGAGGCAGCGUCGGGAUCGAGGUUUCCCGCUCCCAGUCGAUCAGGGCGCUGUUGCCGGAUGCGUCGUCGGAAAGCACCAGAUCGGUCAUGGCCGCAAUCGUGCUCGACUCAAACAUUGCGUGCAAGGGUGGCGCCCUGCCGUGCUUCUUUGUCACCAAGCUUUGCAGAUUCACCAGAAGGAGCGAGGUCCCGCCGACGUGGAAAAAGUCGGACUGUGGCGUGAUUGUGUACUGGGAAGCGACGUCGCUGGGGAUGACCUGCUGCCAGAGCUUCCACAUCUGAGCCUGAUCGGAGCCGAGUUCGGCGGCCUGUUGCGACGACCGAUCGGCAACCUGGCUCGCGUCGGAGAUGGGCAGCUGCUGCAGGGCGCGGCGGUCAAGUUUGUGGGAGGCGGUUUGGGGCAAGGCGCGGAUGGGCACGAGCAGGGAUGGCUUCAUGUGCCGAGGGAGCCUCAGGCGUGGGAUGAGCCGGGCGAGGAAGUCUUGUUGGCUGUUCUGGGGGCUCUGAUUCUCAACCAGAUCGGCAUCCAGCACGACGUGGCCGACCAGGUACUGCGGGUCCGACUCGUCAGCGCCACCGCGGCGGACGGACACGGCUGCGUCGAUGAUUUUGCCGGCGCCUGCUUGCAAGAUGGCGGAUUCGAUGUUCUUCAGGUCGAUGCGCAUGCCCCGGAGCUUGAUCUGAGUAUCACCGCCGCCGUCGGGACUGAGGCGUCCGAGGUCGCCCGUUCGGAAUUUGGUCUUCCACCCCUUGGCCAAGAACUCGGCAGGCGCCGUCUUGUCUGCCACGAACGCCUUGGAGGUGAGUUGGUCGUUUUUGAAGUAGCCCAGGCCGACACCUGCGCCACCGAUGCAAACCUCGCCAAACACGCCGGCCGGCACCGGGUUGAGCUCCGGAUCGACGAUGGAAACGGAGUAGUUUGGCCAGGUCAACAGCGGCAGGUCUGGGUUGCUGUUUGGUUCAUGGUAAGGCACCACGCGGGUGUUUGCGUUGAUGGUGGCUUCGGUGGGCCCGUAGCCGUUGAAAAGGACGAGGUCGGGCUUGCCGAGGGAGCGGAAGACCUCGAGGAGGCUUUGGGUCAUGUUCUCGCCACCACUCAAAGCCACCCUCCACUUGGAAGUCCUGAGAUGCUGGGCGUUGACGCCGAUCAACGACUUGUACUCGGUAGGCGACGCCUGCACGAUGCUGACCUUCUCGGCCACGAUGAGCUGGCUCAGGCCCAACGCGUCGCCGCGCAGGUGCGACGGGACGACGACGAGCGUGCCGCCGUUGGAGAGCGACGUCAGCAUCUGCGCCAAUGCCAUGUCGAAGCUGAAGGACGAUUGCUGCAGCAUGACGUCGACGCCCUCCCUGAAGCCGAACUGCUGCGUGGCGGCCAUGAUGUUGUACCUCAGGGAGGCGUGGCUCAGUGUGAUGCCCUUGGGGACGCCGGUCGAACCACUCGUGUAAAAGACGGCAGCCGCCGAGGUGGCCUUGGCCGUUUUGGAGCUCGGCACCGCCGACACGUCGAUCUGGACGGCGUCGGUCGACAAGCUGUCGAACAAAGGUUUGGUGGUAGCGUCCACGAGGAUGCACGCAGGCUGACAUUCGUACACGACGGCCUUGAGGCGGUCGGUCGAGUUGAGGCGCGGAUCCAAGGGGGUGUAGAUGGCACCGGCCUUCCAAACAGCGAGGAUGGAACAGAUAAAGUCCAUGGUGGAAGCCUGCAUCACGCCCACGAUCCCAGGACCGACUUUGGCUUGGAUCAGCCUUGCUGCGAUGUCAUUGAUGCGAGCAGUCAUCUGAGAGUAGGUCAGGCCACCGUCUUGUCCGUUGCGCAAGGCGAACUUUGUCGCAUACUGGACAGACAUGUUUUCGAUGCGGUGGACCAGGGUCUCUGGCCAGCUCGAGUCCUCAAGAGUGGGGCCGCAGCCCAGCGUCAAAGCCUUGUCUACAGCAACGGGGUCGUAGAUUGCCGGGCGGUUCAAGCUGUUGGCCGGGUUUUUGGCAAACGAGUCGACGAGCCGGAAGUAGCUGUCGAGCAGCAGUUUGGCCAUCUCGACGUCGUACAGAUCCUUCUGCACACUCAAAGUCACCAGAGCUUCUCCGCCGGGAUUCUCGACAAUGUCCAGGCUGAUGUCGUAACCGAUCUGCCCGCCAGAGAUGAGCUCGCCGGCGCCGGUGCAGCCGCAGAACGACCGCUCCUCGGAGACGCCUCGUCGGUAGUUGACAAAGGUCUGGAACAGAGGCGUCUGUGA